UCCGAUCUGCGUCGUCGAAGGAGUACGUCGUCCAAUGGCCGGCAAGCAUGAUUGGCACGUGGGAGCAGUUUCCGAUGGUUGCCCGCAUAUGGAUUGAGCAGCUGCAGCGGCCGCCAACUGGGGUGGCUGCCAUGUGUGACCAGCACUACAUGGAGUGGUACAACCGGCACUCGCACCCGAGGUUGAUCAGAGACGUCCACCACGGCGACGACGUCGAUGAUGAUGAUGUGCCACCGCCCACUGCCGUGGAUGCGUGGAUGGGAAAGAUGACGCAGUUGGGACACAGACUUUUUGAGGAGAGGGACAACAUGACGACUGCAACAGGCAGAGCUGUUAUUGAUGAACUGGAACGGGCCCUUGAGCAGUGGCAGUGGGCGUCACAGAGAGAUUAUUGAUAUGUCGGCAGUGCAUUUAUAUAACAUUUUCCUAGUUGUUUGUAAAAGUUAACAUUAUCUAUUCUUAUAAUUAUUAUUUUAAGUUCUUAGAAUUUGACAUUAUAUUUUUAGUUUUUAUAAUUUUUAUUUUAAGUUGUAAUUAGUGGGCAUACGAAAAUUAAAUACAAGUUCACAUAUAAAUGGGAAAACUAAAUACGAAAAUUAGAAUCCGAAAAUUAAAUAAAUGGGAAAAACAUAGCAAUAACAAUAGAAGGUCACAUAGAAAAGGCAACUAGAUUGUUCC